AUGGCGAGACUCCCCUUUCACGCCGACCACAUCGGCUCCCUCAUCCGGCCAGCGUAUAUAUCGGACCACCAGAAACAGUUCGACCAAGGCGAAAUCACUGCGGAGGAGCUCCGCAUAGUCCAACAAACCGCCAUCAAGGAAGCCGUCAAAAAGCAGCAGCUCAAUGGCACAAGAGCGCUGUCCUCAGGCGAGUUCGAUCGCAAGUACUACUUCUCGGGCUUCUUCGAGAAGCUCACCGGUUUCCGCGAAGUCAGCCCCGUACCAUGGGAGCUAGCACGCCUCUCCGCGCCGCCCAUCGCGGCUCUCAAGAAAUCGGGGCAGCAGUAUCCCAUGGCUGCGAUCUGCGAGGGCAAGAUCAGCUACGACAGCAGCCCGUAUCUUGAAAACUGGCUGCUGCUGCGCAACACUGUUCCGCAGGAGCAGUGGGGAGAAUGCAAAUUCACGAUGCCUCCAGCUUGUUAUUUCCAUUUGAGACUGGCUCCGGGAAAGUGUUAUAGCGCCGAUGCAUAUUCCUCAGACGAGGACUUCUUUGCGGAUUUGGCAGUGGCAUAUCAAAAGGAGAUUAAGACAUUGUAUAACGAAGGACUGCGUAACCUCCAGAUUGACGACCCCACGAUGGCAUAUUUCUGCUCGGAGGAGAUGCGAGACUCGCUGCGCAACGACGGCGUGGAUCCUGAUGAGCUGUUUGACCUAUAUUUGAAGGCUCAUAACGACUGUAUCGCGGAUCGUCCUGAAGGGCUCCAUGUUGGACUGCAUAUCUGCCGAGGCAACUUUUCAAAGUCAGUCCAUUUCAGUGAAGGGUCGUAUGAGAAAAUCGCCGAGCGCUUCUUCAAGAUUCUCAACUACGACACCUUCUUCCUCGAGUACGACAACGCAAGAUCCGGAGGUUUCGAGCCUCUGCGCUUCCUUCCCAAGAACAAGAACGUUGUUCUUGGCGUCGUGACGACCAAAGAUCCAGCACUUGAGGAUUCUCAGGAGAUCAAGCGGCGUGUCCUAGAAGCCGCAAAGAUCAUUGCAGACGGGCAACAGCGCAGCGUCGAGGAAGUCAUGGAGAACAUUGGCAUUAGCCCGCAGUGCGGCUUUGCCAGUGUAUCUGUUGGAGCUGAGGGAAUGACUGAAGAGAAGAUGUUUGCAAAGCUGCGGCUAGUGAGAGAUGUCGCGAAGGAGCUUUGGCCAGAUCGGCCUUGA